AACCUCUGCAUCUGAACCAAACCAAACCAUCUUAAACCCCUUUUUCUCUCUCUUUUUUCCCUCUUUCUCCACAAAAAGAGGUCUUUGACCCUUUUGUGUAGUGCAAUGGCCAUGGCUAAGUUUCUCUCUGUGCUGCUUCUAGCACUCCUUGGCAUUUCCAUGAUCACAACUCAGGUUAUGGCAACAGAUUCUGCUUAUCACUUGGAUGGAAGAAAUUAUGGACCUGGGAGUCUAAGGAGCUCACAGUGCCCCUCUGAAUGCUCGAGAAGAUGUAGCCAGACACAGUACCACAAACCGUGCAUGUUUUUCUGUCAGAAAUGCUGCAAAACGUGCUUGUGUGUUCCUCCUGGUUACUAUGGCAAUAAAUCUGUGUGUCCCUGCUACAACAACUGGAAGACCAAGCGUGGAGGACCAAAAUGCCCUUGAAAUUAAAAAAAAACAUUAAUUAAUUAAUUAAUUUCACCUACAAUCUUAUAAUUGUAUUACUCAAAGUGGAACUAUCAACUAUAUGGCCAUUGCUAGCUGUGUUGUGGGUAGCACCUACUAAGACUAUAACCAUCUUGUUCUCUACCAUGAAAUUAAUUAAAUCAUUGAUUUCAUGCAAGAAGUUCUAGCUAGCCUAUAUGUUACUCCCUUUCAUGAAAAAGUACGAGAGGGUGGUUCAUCUGAUAAAUCAAUUAUCUUUGUCAUAUUGUACUUUUCUUUAGCUUUAUAUAAUGAAGUUAUUUUAUAAUUUUGGUCUGA